AUGUCAUUUACAAAAGGAGACGAUAAUAAACAUUGCUGUGACGGGUGUUUUGGCAAUUUAUUUAGUAAAUUAACAUCUAGACUACUCAGUUCUAAUAAGUUCCAAGAAACAACCAUUAACGUUGUUGGUGAAGAUAAUAAUGUCAAAAAUGAAAGUAAUAUAUCAUGUAUGCACUUUGUAGCACUAAUGAAUUGCAUUUCAAGAUGUAAAAACACAACUGAUUAUACUUCUCAAUCUCCUGACAACGCAACUUCUAUUCCGAAUACAAUACCAAAUUUAAAUAAUGGCACAUUAAAAAAAUCGACAAGUAUCAGUAACAUUCAUAAAUAUUAUUGCACCAAAUGUGGUCGCAAGAAACUAUAUGAAGAAUGGUGUGAACCAUGUGACCAAGAUGUUUUCAAAUCGAAUUUUUCUAAUUGGACAAAUGGAAAUGAAACUAUUGAUACCUUUAUACGAGAGACUCAACUUUCAGCUACUACUAAGUUUAAUUUUCUAGAGUGGAUUCCCUUCUCUAGUUUAACUAACAUCGAAGCUAUCGGAGAAGGUGGAUUUGGUAAAGUGUUCCGUACAAAAUGGAUUGAUGGACCGAGGACUAAAUGGAAUAUAGAAAAAGAAGUUUGGGAAAGAUAUUCAAGCGUUGAUGUUGCCCUAAAAAGUUUAAAGGAAGAAAAUCUUACUAGGCUUGUUGAAGAGCUCAAAUCUCAUCUAAAGUCCAACAACCGGAUAGUAGGCCGUUUCAACACCUUGCGCAUCUAUGGUAUAACAUAUAAUCCAGAUUUAAAGGUCUACAUGAUAGUAAUGAUAUUAGCAGACGAUGGAGACUUGUCUGCGUACUUAGAUGAACAUUUUUCUACACUCACAUAUAUAAAGAAACUCAAAAUUCUGUAUGACAUAGCCACCGGUCUUACUCAGAUUCAUGAUUCUGACCUCGUUCAUCGUGAUUUACACAGUGGUAAUGUGAUGUGUCAAGGGAUAAAAGAUAGGAAGCUAGGCCAUGGAGAAGAGUGUUGGAAUAAUAAUGAGGAGACCAGACCAUGUGCACGCAAGUUAUAUGAGACGAUCGGAAUAUGGUUGAAUCAAUGUUUAUUUGCUCCCGAUUCUGAAAUAGCUAAGGAAUUUAAAAAGGGUGAUGAUAUCAGGCCAAAAGAGCGACAAUUACAAGUAACUGAAAGUUUAGAUUUUGUAAUAUUAACCAUUAUAAUCACAGAAGUUUCUACUGAUCUUGGAAUUUGGAUGAUACAUCAUGGCUCUAACUGA